AUGUCUGCAUCGGGGGUGUAUGAUUACACUAUUUAUCGAGGCACAUUCAUUCACUUUGCACGUCUGCCCGAGUCAACACCUACGACACCGAAGCCGAAGUUAUGUCGUAACCGCGGUGCGUUGUGGGUGUCUACGACAGAUGGUCGCAUCAGGGGCUUUGACUGGCAGGCACAAAGUGAAGAUGCAUUCCGGGAGUUGAUGAGGCGACAAGGCUGGGUUGAUGUCGAUGCUUUCGAGAUCUGGAAACAAGUCAACGGCCAGGAUGGACAUCAAGCGACCAAAGUGAAAAUUGUCACUGCGUGCGACGAAAGAAACGAGUUCUUCUUUCCGGGGUUUAUUGAUACCCAUAUUCAUGCACCGCAAUAUCCCAACGCCGGUCUCUUUGGGUCGUCCACUCUCCUGGACUGGUUAAAGACAUAUACCUUCCCCGUCGAAGCGGGAUUCGGCGCAAAGUCAGAAUCAGCGAGCGAGACGACUACGAGUCCCAGUGAUGCACCGCUGUCCGCAUUACGCAUUUACGACCAGGUCAUUGCACGCACCCUAUCCCACGGGACAACCUGUGCAUCUUACUUCGCGACCAUCCAUAUCCCCGCCACGAACGCCCUAGCGAAACUCUGCCAUCUGCGCGGCCAGCGCGCGUUCAUCGGCCGCGUGUGCAUGGACAACCCAGAUUUCUGUCCUAGCUACUACCGUGAUUCCAAUGCCGAGGACUCGGUGCAGGCCACCCAGUCCACCAUCGAAUACAUCCACACCCUCGAUCCAAAGGGGACUCUCGUCAAACCAAUCGUGACUCCGCGCUUUGCACCAACAUGUUCCUGGUCCGCAUUACAGGAUCUAGGUAAACUGGCUGCAGGAUAUAACCCACCGCUGCACAUCCAGACCCAUAUCUCAGAGAACACGAACGAAGUCGCUCUUGUGAAAAAACUCUUCCCUGAAGCUGGGAGUUAUGCCGCCGUGUAUGAUACGCACAACCUGCUCACGCCACGCACUAUCCUUGCGCACGCGGUGCAUCUCUCGGCUGAAGAGCGCGCCCUGGUCCGCCGGCGUAACGCCAAGAUAUCACACUGUCCGGCUUCGAACUCGGCGCUUGGAUCGGGGAUUUGUCCUGUGCGCGUACUUCUUGACGAGGGUUUGACUGUUGGGCUCGGUACGGAUGUGAGCGGUGGGUAUAGUCCCAGUAUUCUCGAAGCAGCGCGACAGGCCUGUCUUGCUUCGCGGUUGCUUGGACAUAAGACUGGCUUUGAGAGCGGUUGUUGUUCUGUCCUUAAUGGGUACAAGGCUGAUGCCGUUGUUGACGGAUGGGAGAAGCUCUCUGUUGAAGAGAGUCUCUUUCUUGCUACGCGUGGCGGUGCCGCUGUUGUCGAUAUGGCCGAUAGUAUUGGUGGCUUUGACCUGGGCAUGCUCUGGGAUGCGCAGCUUAUUCGUCUGGGUGGUGUCCCGGACCUUGGUGGCAGUCCACUAGAUCGGGAUAUUUCGAGUGUGCUUGGUGACAAGUCUAGUCUCGUCAAAUCUGGUCCUGUGGGCAAUGUCGAUCUCUUUGGGUCAGAGAUGUGGGAGGAGAAGAUCCACAAGUGGGUGUGGAGUGGGGAUGAUCGCAAUGUACAGGCUGUCUGGGUUGGGGGGAGGUUGGUACAUUCUCGGGAGUAG